AUGACGCCCAGCAAACAUUCCCGUGCCUUAGCCGGAGCCACUAACGCCGGUUUGGGGUACAGGGGCUUAAGAAGCAGAGAGGAAAAAGGGUGGUUGACCAUUCCGCAGCCAGUCGCCACCAUGCCCAUCUCUCCAGUAAACGGCCGCAGGCAGCCGAACGUCGGGGUAAACGUUGGCUUAGGGCCAAGGAAGUCUAUUAGUUUUGUUGGUGCAGGAAAAGGAGCUCUAAUGAAAGGAGGAUAUGCUGGUGCAAACCAAAGCAGAAUGACUGUGUCAAAAAACAUGAUGAUUCUACCUGAAGCUAAACAAAUAGAAAAAAUGACUAUUUCUUCUGCAAAGACAGUCACACAGGUGACUGAUAUACAUGGAGUUGAUGUUACUCCCAAACCUCUUUACCGUCCAGAUCCAUAUUCCGGUACAGGAAAGCCAAAUAAACUAUUGACUUCACAAGAUGGAUCACAUACCUCAGACUUUAUAGCUUCCUAUAGCCUUUAUCAGAACACAUUAAAUCCUAGUAUGUUAGGGCAGUUUACAAGGUCAGUUUUAGGAAGCAGCACAGUUUCUAAGUCAAGUGUAUCCACUAGUGAAUCAAUGGCCGAAGACCUAGAAGAACCAUCCUUUAAACGGGAAAGAUUGUCUAGUUUUACAGAUUUACGAGUUAUGAGGACAACACCUGGAAAAAUUAUAACAAAAGAAGACCUGGAGAAGACUAUAGAGAUAAUUCUCACAGAGACAGAAACAAUGAACUUUUUAAAUCUACCAACAGUUAUGUUUUCUGUAGAAUCUGAAGAAGCUGAGAAAGUAAGCCAGAGAAACAAGAACUAUGAGACUCUUUGUCGAAAUAGAUUGGGCAAUGAUUUAUACGUAGAAAGGAUGAUGCAGACUAUUAAUGGAGCACCAAAGAAUAAAGACGUUCAAUGUGACAAAAUCUUGAAAGAAGACAAAGGUAUAAUGUCCACGGCUUGGGAUUUGUAUGAUUCUUACAAUGCUAUGGAGCUUUCAUCUUUACCAUCAAAACGAUCUAUGAUUAACUCAAGUAGUAAAGCAAGUGUACCUUCAAAAGACUGGGAACAAACAGUGCCAGGGAGUAAUUUAGAAAAAAUUAGUGAAGGUAGUUCUCUAAUGGAUAUUGAAAAUGUAAUUCUGGCUAAAGUUCGAGAUGAAGAAGAAGACAACUCAGAUGCAGUAUUUAAAUCUGAUAAGUUUCAGCAGGACUUAUUUUUUAUGGAACGAGUUAUAAUGGAAAAUAUAUUUCAGCCAAAACUUGCAGCUUAUCGUCAGCUUCCUGUUUUAAAAGAACCAGAACCUGAAGAGCCCGGAGACUUUUUAGUAGAUGGAAAACUUGAAGUGGUCGAAGAAGAAGCUAAGAAGGAAGAGGAAGAAGAUUUAGAAAUAAGUUCAGAACAAUCAACAAUACCAGCCAAUUUGGAACGACUCUGGUCCUUUUCCUGUGACCUAACCAAAGGCCUUAAUGUGAGCAGCCUUGCCUGGAAUAAAGCAAAUCCAGACCUUUUGGCUGUUGGCUAUGGACACUUUGGAUUUAAGGAGCAAAAAAGAGGAUUGGCCUGCUGUUGGUCAAUAAAGAACCCCAUGUGGCCAGAGCGUACUUAUCAGAGUCCUUAUGGAGUUACUGCUGUGGAUUUUUCAAUCGGCUCACCUAACCUUUUAGCAGUUGGCUAUCACAAUGGCACUAUUGCAAUUUAUAAUGUACAGAACAACAGUAACCUUCCGGUUCUGGAUAGUAGUGAAUCACCUCAAAAACACUUGGGACCUGUAUGGCAACUGCAGUGGAUAGAACAAGAUCGAGGGACAACAGGUGAUGACAAAAGAGAAAUACUAGUUUCUAUAUCAGCGGAUGGAAGAAUCUCUAAAUGGGUUAUACGGAAAGGACUGGACUGUCAUGAUUUGAUGCGCUUGAGGCGAACGACUGCUAGCACCAGCAAAAAAGGAGGGGAAAAGGAAAAGAAAGGUGAAGCUUUGAUAUCUCGACAGGCUCCUGGAAUGUGUUUUGCUUUUCAUCCCAAGGACACAAAUAUCUAUUUGGCUGGUACUGAAGAAGGUCAUAUUCACAAGUGUUCCUGUUCAUACAAUGAACAAUAUCUAGAUACCUACAGAGGACAUAAGGGACCAGUGUAUAAAAUAGCAUGGAACCCAUUUUGCCAUGAUGUUUUCUUAAGCUGUUCUGCAGAUUGGGGUGUUAUUAUAUGGCAACAUGAGAAUCUCAAACCAUUUUUGAGUUUUUAUCCAACUACUUAUGUUGUUUAUGAUAUUGCCUGGUCUCCAAAAUCAUCCUACAUAUUUGCAGCUGCAAAUGAGAGCAGAGUGGAGAUUUGGGACCUUCACAUCAGCACUUUGGACCCUCUGAUUGUCAAUGUUGCUAACCCUGGAAUCAAGUUCACAACUGUUCUUUUUGCUAAGCAAACAGAUUGCCUUCUGGUGGGAGAUAGUGAUGGACAAGUUGCUGUAUAUGAAUUAAAAAAUAUGCCCACUACUUUGGAUUCUAACAGGGGAGAUGCAAUAGUGACUUUGCUUGGGCCCAAGUCAAGUCAAAGCAUAAUUCAUCAUCAGUAG